AUGGCUGAUAAGUCGGACGAGAGUUUUGUCGGCGCCAUUGACAAUGGCACUACUAGUUCUAGGUUUCUCAUCUUCGACCGAAAGGGCAACCCCGUUGCAGAGCAUCAGAUUGAGUUCAAGCAGCAUUAUCCACAUUCAGGUUGGCACGAACACGACCCGAACGAGCUCGUCUCCUCCGUUUCUACCUGCAUAGACGAAGCCUCCGACAAGUUCACCUCUCAAGGCUACUCCCUCUCCAACAUCAAAGCCGUCGGUAUAACAAAUCAGAGAGAGACGACCGUGGUAUGGGACAUCAAGACGGGGGAACCUCUUUACAAUGCGAUCGUCUGGACAGACACGCGGUCGGCACACAUCGUGCGCGAACUGAAGCAAAAGUCCGGCGCAGACGAACUCAUAAGCCUCUGUGGUCUACCGCUAUCGACAUACCCCAGCUCGACGAAGUUAUUGUGGAUGCUGAGACAUGUGGACAAAGUGAAGCAAGCAUACGAAGAAGGACGCCUCGCCUUCGGCACGGUGGAUACCUGGCUGGUCUACAAACUCAACGGUGGCACCGACAAGAACGUGUUUGUGACGGACGCCACCAACGCGAGCCGCACCAUGUGGAUGAACAUCCACAACCUCAAGUACGACGACAAACUGAUCUCCUUCUUCGACCUGGACGUCAAGACGCCCAAGCUGCACCUCCCCAAGAUCGUGCCCAGCUGCGACUCCGAGGCGUACGGCGUCCUCGCGAGCACGAAGCUAAAGGGCGUCCAGAUAACGGGUUGUCUAGGCGAUCAGUCCGCCGCGCUGGUCGGCCAGAAUGGAUUUCAACCCGGUCGCGCGAAGAACACAUACGGCACCGGUUGCUUCCUGCUCUAUAAUGUGGGCGAAAAGCCCGUCAUCUCGACGCACGGCCUGUUGGCCACAGUCGCGUACGACUUCUCCCCGCAGGGCAUCGCGCCCGUGUACGCGCUCGAGGGAUCUAUCGCCGUGGCGGGCAGCAGCGUCAAGUUCCUGGUCAAUAACCUCGGGUUCGCGUCCGAGUCGUACGAGAUCUCCGACCUCGCGUCCACAGUCAAGGACAACGGCGGGUGCGUUUUUGUGACUGCCUUCUCCGGCCUGUUCGCGCCCUACUGGUACGACGACGUCAAGGGCACGAUCUUUGGGAUUACGGCGUACACGGAAAAGGGCCACAUCGCGCGCGCGACGCUCGAAGCCACGUGUUUCCAGACCAAGGCCAUCUUGGACAGUAUGGAGAAGGACGCGGGCGUCCGGCUCGAGGAGUUGGCCGUCGACGGCGGCAUGAGUAAUAGUGAUCUGUGCAUGCAGACACAAGCCGAUAUCAUCCAGAUCCCCGUCGACAGGCCGAAGAUGCGCGAGACGACGGCACUAGGGGCAGCUAUUGCGGCCGGGUUCGCGGUGAAAGUGUGGUCGUCGUUUGACGAGCUCAAGGAGAUUAACAAGGAGGGGAGGUAUUUCUUCAAGCCGCAGGUCUCAAAGAAACGGAGCGACAAGUUGUACAAAAAGUGGAGUCAGGCGGUAGAGAUGUGUCGCGGGUGGAUGGGCGAGGAUGAGGAAGAGGAGGAGUUCGACAAGGAGGAGGAUGGGAAGCCGUGA